CAAAUAUAUUUUGGUAAAGCAUUCCUUUCUUUAUCCUUCACAUGUACAUUGAUUUCAGGCGAAAACGGACUGUUGGUUCAAAAUUCAAAUUACACCUUCUCUCUCUCUCUCACUGUCUCUCUCUCUCUCACUGUCUCUCUCCUCUCUUCACUUCUCUCCUCUUCUCUUCCAUAUUGAACUUGUAACCAAUCUCCUCUCUCACUCAGUCACUCUUCACUGCACUUCUUUUAGGGUUUUAUCGGUGAUGGAUCACUGGGUUGAAAAACGGAUUCUUUGUUCUGAAAACGAACAACUUGUGUUAUUCAUUAAGAAGAAGAGGCGAGAAAUGGCGGAAACACCUAAAGGAAUCUCUGAUAAUAUCGAUUCUACUAUUUACAAGGCAUACAAAAAUCUUUGCGACACCAAAACUCCUGUCAAAACCCUAUCGGAAUUCAAAAAGAUAAAGGGUGUGGGACACUGGAUGUUGAAGCUCUGUCAAGAUUUUUUCAAGACGGAUCCGGGUUCUGCUGAGCCUGAAGAGUGCUCCCCCCAGAAAGGGAAGAAAAGUAAAGGAAAAAAGCGUUAUUUACCGCAAAAGAAUUCCGUGGCUUAUGCACUAUUGAUUACCCUUUAUGAACGAACUUCAGAUGGAACAGGUACUCAAUUCAUGAAGAAACAAGAACUUAUUGAUGCCGCUGAGGCCAGUGGACUGUCAAGGACGCCGAUUAUGCCAGAGAGGGGAAAAGGCAAACCUAUUCAAGGUGGAAAUUCAGGUAAUGAGUGGUAUACUGGAUGGAGCGCCAUGGGGGGAUUGAUAAAAAGAGGAUUAAUUGUCAAGUCGAGUAAUCCAGCGAAGUACAUGUUAACCCAGGAAGGCGUGGAAGCUGCCCGCGAGUGCCUAUCAAAAACCAUCCCUUUGUCUAGAUGUUCGGUUGAUUGCAAUGAUUUGGGCACAUCCAAAAUAAAAGCUCGCAAAAAUGCCCCAGAUGCAUCGGAUUUAGAAUUUGGUCAUAGUAAUUUGUCUGAUGAAGAAGUUACAUGGGAUUCAAGCAGUCAAGAGAAAUCAAUUGCUAUAGACGAAGUUUUCAAGAAGAAUGGAAGAUUGGAUGAGUUGCUCUCAGAGUGUAGGCAGACCAUGGGAAAGGUUACCCGUCCAUCCUCCAGCACCUCCAUUGUUGAAGAUAUGGGUGUAGCACGUGUUCCAGAUUAUUCAUGUCGCGUUGAUUCAGCACCGAGUAGUUUAGCCUUAAAAGCUUGCUCUUCUUCUAAACCAUUCAGUUUUGGUGGUCGUGAUGCUAAUAUGAAUGCUCUAAUGAUGCCUCCUCUAAAAUUUGGGGAGAGAUUUAAGGAUGUUUAUAAUGUGAUCUUGAUAUUGGAUGAUCGAGAGCAUUUUACUAAGAGUAAAAAUGGGGCUAGGUCGAAAAAGAUAAUUCAGAAUAUAGGCUCUGAGUUCAAAAUUAAAGUAGAGGUUAGACGCUUACCUGUUGGUGAUGCAAUAUGGAUAGCUCGGAAUAAGCACCUUGAAAAUGAAUUUGUCCUUGACUUUAUCGUUGAGAGGAAGGAAGUUGAUGAUUUACGCAUGUCAAUCAGAGACAGUCGUUAUAAAGAUCAGAAACUGAGGCUUCUGAGAUGUGGAAUUAAAAAACUUAUAUAUCUCGUGGAAGGCGAUCCAAAUCUUAUCGAAGCAUCUGAAGCCAUCAAAACAGCUUGUUUCACAACGGAAAUUCUGGAAGGUUUUGAUGUUCACAGAACGACUGGCUUGGUGGACACCCUAAGAAGAUAUGGUUAUCUUACACAAGCAAUAGCUCAAUAUUACAGGGAGAAAGUUUGCAAUGACAUGAUAAAAAACAGUGGAACUUGCCUUCCGUAUAAUGAAUUCAUUAAGAAGUGUGAAGAUCUCGAGAAAGUAACAGUCAGUGACGUAUUCGCUAUCCAACUCAUGCAGGUCCCCCAGGUUACUGAAGAGAUUGCUCUCAGUGUUCUUGAUUUGUACCCAACAGUUGUGUCACUCGCUCGUGCAUACUCUCUCCUUGAUGGUAAUGUCGAGGCACAAGAGGAGAUGCUGAAGAGGCACAGUAACAACCUGAUCAGUGGACCUGCUAGCAGGAACAUAUAUCAACUAAUAUGGGGUGAUUAAAGCAAUGGAUGGUGAAUCUCUUCGAUAUAUCUCAUAGCUAAGAAGGAUUAGCUAUUCUUAUGUAGAAUGUAUGUAUUUGUAUAAAACGGAUCACAUCUGUUCUGAUAUUCUGUCUGUACCAUCAUUAUUUACACUUUAAUGAAAAAAACCAUCUAUUUUGCACAA